AUGCACAUAAUUUUGCUUAAAUGUCUGAAACUUAAAUUAAGUGCAAACUUAUUCGAGAGUAGACGCAUCGGUGAAUUCCACCGGGUUAUAUUGACCGCCCAGAUACUUCAGCAGCAAGCGAUCCUCCUCGACAGCCUGCACCAAGUUCUGCAUCAGACCGUCGUCCUCGCAGAGCACCUUCGCCAUGCGUGCCGGGAGAAAGACGCUGAACGUCGCAUCCACAUCGACGACCACCCGUUGACCAAAUCGAGUCUGUACCCUCCUGACACUUGUGAUUCGGCUUUCAUACCAUAUUUCUCCCACCAAGCGCUCAGAACCUUCCAGAAUUCAACGACACGCCGAAAACCGAUAGACGCAGGCCCCUCGACGUCAAGUCGCAACUCGUCGGACGCUCGACAAAAUGUCACUGACGUGCUUAAACUGGGACCGAAAUAUGGUAUUCCCUUUAAAUCUAAAGACAUUCUAAUUGCUAAUCUCAUUUCUGAUUUUGAGGCCAAUAUGUCUUUAAUUUCACUAGAUCGUAGAAACCAGCUUUCCAACACAGACACUAACAAUGUUGUGAGGUAUGAUCUUAAUUACACUCUGCAACAAGACAUUAGAAAACUGAUUAAUUUUUGGAAAAGUUCUGGUUAUAUUUCUGAACAGCUGAAACGUCAUCUUAUUGAGUCCGAUUGCGUCCAACCGAGAGCAUAUGGACUUCCCAAAAUUCAUAAACCUGACGGUCACACUCUUCCGUCCUUUUACAAAUUAGUUUCUCUAGAUGUCGUAUCGUUGUUUACCAAUGUACCUCAAGGCCUUGCUAUCAUGGCGUUGGACAAAAGGUGGCCACGAUUAGUGGACAAGGUACCCGUACCUCUAGUUGAACUAACUGAGGCACUCAAAAUUUGUUUCAAGGCUUCAAUAUUCAAAUUUAGUAAUACUAAUUACGCUCAAACGUUUGGCCUUCCUACGGGUUUUCCCUUUUCCCCGAUUUUAUCGGAUCUUGCAUUUAACAGCUAUCAUUCUAAGUUACAGUUCACCAUCAAAUCAGAAUCACAAUGUCAAAUUAGCUUUUUAGAUGUUUCCCUAAUGAUUCAUAAUCGAUGUAUACACACAGAUUGGUACCACAAAGAUACUUGGUCCCAGAGGUAUUUAAAUUUCCUGUCGCACCACCCAAGAUCCUAUAAAAUCGGCACGAUCAACUGUCUGGUCAACAGAGCCAUUAGAUUGUCGAGUCCAGCUUAUCAUAAUAAGAAUUUAUCCUUAAUUUAUCAAGUGCUAUGGAAGAACAAUUAUCCCUACAUUAUGUUGAGUAAACACAUACGGGAUAGACAUAAAUCCAUCGUCACACCAUCAGACUCCGACAAUAACAAUCUAGAUGUUCAUCCGGUUGUUCCGUUACGGUUUGUGUCUAUCCCUUAUGUUCUUGGCUUCUUCGAGUCAUUGAAUCGUACCUUCGCCCGUUACAACAUCAAAUUUGUAGGAGAAAACAAACGUGACUUGUCCUUCCUGUUCGAUUCAGGGCAAACCGGUAGACAACUACACACCAGAGUACCUGAACAUAGACGCAAUAUUCACGAACACGAGGACAAUUACACUGCUUUGACUAGACAUUCUCUGGAUCAAGAUCAUGCGUUCAAUUUCGACGGUCCUAGUGUGUUGGCGGUUGAUCCCGUAUAUUACAAAAGACUAUUGCUGGAGAUGUGUCACAUUGUCGCCAAUCCUCUUUCUGUUAAUUUACGCUCGGACAUAGAACAUCUUAGUUCCAUCUGUACUCCAGUGAUACUUCCUUCGUAG